CCAGCAUGUAAAGACUUCAAACGAAGGGUGUGCAGAUCUAAAAAUCAUCGUGGAGUUAAAAGCAGCCGAUCUGUAAGGACAGGAUCUUUAUUUGAAAAAUCAAAAAUAAGCUUGCCAUCAUGGUUAACAUUUAUUUACAGGUUCUCUCAAGGAUUGCACCUGAGACAGAUAGACAUGAUGCAGGACAGGAUUGCUAGAAGUUCUAAAACUCUCUCCAGAAUGGCUAAGGUCCUGAGAAAGAUCUGUACCAAGGCUAUGAAAGAGUACCAAAAAAGAAGAAGGCAGCAGAUGGGAGGUCAACAAGAAUUUGUUGUUAUUGAUGAAAGCAAUUUCCGUCAUAAACGAAAGUAUGGACGGGGUAGGGCAUCUACCACAUGGAGGCGAAGGAAGUGGGUUUUUGGAAUGCUGGGUGUGAAACAUAAUCUGCGAAGGCCAAUAUUGCGUCUUGUCACUCGAAGAUCAAGAAAUCAUCUAAUUCCAAUUAUUGUCAAACAUGUGCGUCCAGGUACAAUCCUGAUCUCAGAUGAGUGGAGAGCUUACAGAGGUGUGCUGGCAAAUAUGGGCUACAGACAUUUUACAGUCAAUCACAGUCACUGGUUUGUAGACCCAAACACUGGAGCCCAUUCACAGCAUCUAGAACGAGCAUGGCUGUCUUAUAAAACAAGGGUGUGGAGACUAAGAGGAAACAGGACAGAGAAAAUGUUAAAAGAACAUCUCGCUCUCAUUGAAUGGACCAACUGGCUUGGUGAAAGGCACAGAAGAGGUGUCCUUGGACGGUUAUUCAGAGACAUUUACCAUCAAUUUCCAGUCUAACAAAUCCUAUCUUCUUGUUACAUGUGUGUUUAAUGCUCAAUGGCUGACUUCUUCUAAAACAUUUGUAUACAUUACAAAAUAUAUUCUAAUAAAGAUUAUUUAGUUAUUUUUA